AUGGCUGCCAUGCGAGGCCCUCGUCUCCAAGCUGGAUCCGCGCCAUGGAUUGCCGAGGAGCGCUCAUCGGCCCUGCAGAUUGUCCAAUCGGAAGUUGAAGAAUUUUCAUUUUCAGCGCGAAAUGAAAUGGAAUGGCUGAAUGAGCAUAUGGCUGGCAUCUUUGACGAAAACGAAACAAAUUUUGCCGAUGCCUUCAAAACACCGGGAAAAUUACGUGGCAAGACGCCGCGCACAAUCCGGAAAGCCUUUGCGCCAGGCGACGCCCGAGUUCCGCUCUCCAAUGUUUUCGCCGCGACACCAAAUGGUGUAAACCCUCAGCUUGUCAACAAACUACUCUCUCCGAAAGCCAUCAUCCGAUCACCCAAAUUUCUAGCAGCGGCAGCAAAACUCGCGCCACAGUCACAAUUGACACAAGACUCUGGGUACUACGGUAGUCAGGACAUUGAGGUUGCUGCUGCCGUUUUCAGUGAUCAGGGAAGUAGUCCGCAAAAGACUGGGGGAUUUCAAAAUAUGAACAUUCCGACAAAACAGAGCCAAUCCCAAGCGCUGUUCGCAGACGUGUCUGAUAAGACAUUCCAGACUGCUAAGGAGGAACAAACCCGUCAAUUUACGAAGCAAACCGUUUUCUCGGACGCCGAAUCGUCUCCGUUGCGCCAGAAUCUCGCCAAAAUAGCCCAGGCGUCGUCACCGUUGAAGCAGUCGCCACUGAAGUCUCCCGUCCCCCAUUCCGAUCCGACCGACAUUGGUGACGACAACGACGAGCCAGAUUCUCCUUCUGAAGCCUCUAGCCCCAUCCGACAAGUCAUGCGUAAGAGCAGCUUGAAUUUUGCCUCGCUUCCCGCUCGAGAACCGCUAGCUGCCGGUAAAAAUACCGGGAGAGUCUCGCGCGUUAGUCAUCUAGAGAAGGCCAGCGUAGGGAAAAGCCUCGGUCAUGGCAUGGAAGAUGUUGGGCCAGAAGUUGAUUGCCAGAGUGAUAUGGAUGUUGAUGUGGAUGCGGAAGAGGAGCCAGUGCAAGCCACUGACGCAAAGACAUACACCCAAAGGCUUCAAGAUCAGAUCAACCAGCUGGGCAAACCCAACGGGGGCGCUUUGGGUCAAGCUCGCCUAUACCCCAAUAUCCCAUCUGCCAAACAAAACGCGUUUCCGACUUCACAGUCAAAUUCGAACGUGAUAGCCUCUCCCACUCGCAAGCAAAGUAUCAGCAAAGUGCUCCAGACGACACCGGGCGCCUUUCCUGAAGAGGAAGAUGAUGAUGACUGGAUCGAGCCCCCGAGCGCAGUACCGCCAAGCGAAAUACGGCCUGCAUUCCCCAAGAGCUACACUGCGGAUGUCAUGGAGGGAAUUCAAGGAAAGGAGACGAUCAGCCAACCAGAGUUUCCGGUCGCAAGACCAGAAUACGCCACCCGCCUGCAAACCCAUGGAAAGUCGGCCUCUGUAACAACUUUACCCAGCAUGCAACCCGACGCAAAGAUCGACCUGCUUCUUACGAAAUCCACAUCGUUCUCGCAUGCAUUGGGAACUGUCGCAGAAUCUCAAGAUACAGACACGCCAUUUGGAUCCCCAUCACGACUAUUCCGCGAUAGCCCACUCAAGCAGAUGAAGAGCAAACUUUCGUCCAUCUUGAAAGGCUCAAGAAGUCUUCUGGCUAGCAGUGCGGCAAUCAGUGCUGAGGGAAAGUCGUCGUUACUAUCACCGUCCACAGCUCAGCUGGGAAUGCAUGCGUCACCUUCUACUACCUCCUUGGUUCUAAAGAAUAGGAUUGCCUCCGACGUGUCACAUACUACAGAAAGCUCCUUGAGUCCUGCGAAGACCCGUCGCACACGGGCUUCCGCAGAACGGCAGCGAGAGGACAAGCGCCGAGAGAAAGAGGCAAAGCACAUAGCUGAGCAGAUGGACAGGUUAGACAAGGCUCGUGAGAAGGAACGUGAGAAAGCUCGCGUCUUUAGCAAGGAGCAAGAGCGCAUUGCUGCCAUGGAAAGGGAGAUCGCUGCCAAGAAACAAGAGGAGCAAAUGCACGCAAAACAGACGCCAAAGGCUCGCGACAACCCUCGUAAAGCAAACUCGGACGAUGACGAACAGAAAACUGCUUUGCAGGACGUGGACAUGUUUGAGGUGCCACAAAUUGCGCCGCCAUCGGCUGUUCGAACGACUAGCACCACACACUCGCUACGGAACAGAGAUGUAAAACGGCCAGUCAAGCCGAGCAAGGAAGACCUCACAACGAAGCAAGCCCCGACUGUCAUUCGUGUGAAACCGGGAUCUCAACAUUCGCAGUUCCAUCAGACGGGCAGACAAUCUACGAAUCCGCAAGACCCCGUUAGUCUCCCCAACUCCCAGCACCAGCUGAAUGUGAAAGCGAGCAAGGCGUCUUUGCACAGCAAGGCCUCAUCGCAGAGCCUGAAAUCAAGCACAAAUGGGCGCCCAAAAGCAGCAGAGACAGCGGCCAGGAAAAAAGAGGCAGAGGAGCGAGAGGCUCAAAAGCGCCGCGAUGCAAAGGCUGAAGCAGAGCGCAAGCGUGCUGCUUCUCAAGAAGAGCAGCGCCGCCAGGAGCAACUGCGACGGGCCGACGCAGAUCGGCAGAAGAAGGAAAAGGAAUUGGCUGAAGAGCGCAAGACAGUUCAGCGACAAGCGGCCUUGGAGAAGGCAAAACUCACGAAAGCGCCUCCACCAGCCGCUCGUUCGCAGCCAAACGGCCCCCCCGACUUCACGACAAGCCAACAGCAAAAGAUGGAAAGCCAGGGUAACCGUCCCCCUUCUCGCAUGAUGGCAGGUGCUCAACGACAACAAGCCGGGGCGAACCUGAACAAGGCUGGAACAAAGCGUCCUGUCGGGCACGAGAGCAAUGAAGACGCGCAGGAUCGUCGACCACCGACUCGGGUAGGACCCUCGUACCAAGGACAAGAUGCCAAGAGGCGCCGGACCAGCGAGGUCUUGCAAGACGACGCCGAAAGCGGGGGCCAAGCCGGCAAAGGACACGCUGUGCGACCAUCUCCUGGCUUUAAGAAGGAUGUGCCGCCAAAAUCGCUGUUCCAAAAUGGCUAUUCUAACGCACCGCCAGCUGGCGCUCAUGAUUUGUUCAAGGCCUCGGUGACAUCGCAUCAGCUUCAAGGCAAGGCGGCUCGCCCUGUAGACAUGGCACAGAUUUCCAAGGGCAACAUUCCCUUUGCGCCCAACGCAGCGGGGCCUGCGUUCAAGACGCCGGCGCGUCCUGGCCCGUAUCUGGCAGCCAAGUCGGCGGCGAAAUCCGUGCCUCGCUCAUCGCCGCAGUUCCAGAACGGAGAAGCAAUCGAUCUGCCUGAAAUCCAAACCGAUGAUGAAGACGAGGAGGAUGAUGCUGGCAUGAGCAACAUUGCGGGCUGGGCAGCGUCUCCCGAUCUCCGGGCCGCACUGAUGCGACAAGAAACAAUGGACCCAUCGCAAAUCUUUGGGCCGCCAGCAGCACUGAACAUGGAAGAAGUGUUCAGCAAGAGCAAGGAUAGAUGGCCAAAAUUCCGCGCGAGAACAUCGAGUGCCAACUGGAGUGGACCGGAUGGGUUGACGGAAGACGAUAUUCGGAAGGAUAUGGCGGCAAGAGAGAAGCUGAGGCGUGAGGGAGGCUGGUCAUAUGAGAUGAGCAAGGAUGUGCUGUAA